GGAAAGGGGCACAAUCCAGCCACUGGACUGAUGGCAGACGGGGCAUGCGUCACUGAAUGUCCCCGGUGCAGCAGUCCCAGAGAACUUGCUGGAAGCUGAUCCUGGACAGGGAUUCAGAACAGUAUCCUCCCAUCAGACCUCUGAUACUUCAUUUCAAGAAAUUUGGUGACCAUCUGCAGAUCCUGUAAAACCACUGAAAGCUUUUGGAAACAAUGGCAGAGCAAAAGAAGGUUUUUAAAGAUCCCAUCCAUGGGACUAUAGAGCUGCAUCCACUCCUUGUCAAGAUCAUUGACACGCCUCAGUUUCAACGACUAAGAAACAUCAAGCAAAUUGGAGCUGCAUCUUACAUUUACCCUGGAGCAACCAACAGCCGCUUUGAUCACAGCAUUGGGGUGGCUUACCUAGCUGGAGAACUUCUAAAGUCUAUCAGAGAGAAGCAGCAGGAUCUUGGGAUUACUGACUGGGACGUCCUUUGUGUGCAAAUUGCUGCACUUUGCCAUGACCUUGGACAUGGACCGUUUUCCCACAUGUUUGAUCAAAUGUUUAUACCCAGAGCAAGACCUGGAAUUAAUUGGACGGGCCUCAGGAUCCACGCAGAGCCUGGAGUUGUUAGCUGGGCUGCCAGGGUCCGGAGAAGCCAGCAGAACCCCAAGAUCCAAGUGAAAUCUGGAAGGGCCAGCAAGGCCACAGGAUCCAAACAGCACCCAGAGACAGUAACUGGCCUGCUAGGGCCUGAAGCCUAG